UCGGUCUGUUGUUUUUGUUACAUUGUUUCAUCCGCGAAUCUUAUUUGUUCGUGGGUCCAUUCUCUAGUUGUGAUAUUUGUUCUAUUGUGUAGUCCGUCCAUAUGUAUUCUUCCAAAAUCCACGUGUUCGAAAAUGGGUGUAAUUGAAGAUGAGCUAGCGGAAGUAACUCGUCGAUGUAGCGUCGAAAUGCCCGACGCAACGAUACUCGAAUGCACAAAUAUACGGAUAAUGGUUGAUAUAAGACAAACCCAAUCCCGGCAUUUGGUGGUGCUUCUCUGCUAUCCAUUAGAUUACCCCGAGAAUAAAAUGCAAUUGGAAUUUCGGAGUCAAACAUUGUCAGAAAUAUUUAUGGAGCAACUCGCCAACAUUUGCGAUGACGAAAGCGCGCAUUUCAGGGGACGGCCCCAAGCAAUGAACAUACUGUUGUUCAUCGAUCACUUCCUUAGAAAUAAUCCACUUUGUAUCGUGACCAGGGAAGUAUUCAACCUUAGAAAGCAUCUGGAAGGAUCUAAUGGAACAAUGAAGCUACGCCAUCCGACAUCAAUGGUAUGUCUCAGUGCUCGAGGCGGUUAUUACUAUUUUAACGCGAGGUUUUUCGUCCCGGAAGGAUACCCUGCGGAACAGAUUAAAUGGGACACUUGUACCAGCAAUCUUCCUGCAGCCCUAAAACUGUACGUUGAUGGUCAGGCAAGGGAGAUCGCUCGCCAGUGCGUGGAACCUCCUCCGAGUGAAGUUGAGAGCAGCCAACCCUUCGUACCGAUUCCGAGCUUGGAACGAACUUUGCAGUUUAUCAUCGAAGCGCUGGAUGGAUUCGAUGAAGAGCUGUGCCCAAUUUGCCAUGAAUUUUCACUGCCUGAAUCUCCCAAAGAAGUGGCAACAUCGGAUGAAGACGAUCGAUUCGUAAUUCGCAUGGUUUGCGGUCACGUCUAUCACAACGGAUGUCUGAAACGGUUCCUGAAAGAGCCUCCGAUUCCACCGGAUGGGAAGCUUUGUCCGGCGGAACGCAAACAUCCGCGUUCGGAUAACAUUGGCGAAUGGCGGUUUGAAAAUAGAUCCGACCCUUGCAGGGAACGAAUAUCCUAUGAUACGUGGGGAACGAACAAUAUACAACCAGCAGAAGUCCAGCAGCCAACCGCCGAAGCUGAUCUAUCAGCCGAUGCAGAGGAGCUAGCCGAUGCUGGAGAGAUGGCUGAUGCUGGGCAGCCAGCCGAUGCGGAGCAACCAAAUGACUGAUUGCAGAAUAGGAGGAAUUAGUCUCUGAAUGAUAAACUUUGCUUUAAGCUCAACCGAAGUCAAUAUUAAAAUUGGCCUCUUGUGAUCUAGUGAACUACGGAUUUUCGGUAAAACCUAUUAAUGAUAUAAGUAUGCAUGUUAUGAGAAGUGUUUGUUAAUCUAAUUUAUAAUAUACGCACAACUCUAUUCAAUCAAA